AUGAAAGCUGUCUUCGCUGUCAUAGACAAGCUAUCGUGGAAGGUUGAUAAUCUAAAGGAAUUGCCGGCAAAGAUCAAAAGAAUCAAUACAGAACUGAAUACGAUGAAUGAUGUGAUUCAACACUUGGGUACAACACAACUCAGCAACAAGGUCAUCAAUGGUUGGAUUGGAAACGUGAGGAAGCUGGCCUACCAUGUUGAGGAUGUUAUUGACAAGUACUCGUAUGAGGCUCUUAAGCUGAAGGAUGAAGGCUUCCUAGAUCGGUACAUCUUCAGAGGUUCACGCCAUAUCAAGGUCUUCAGUAAAAUUGCCGAGGAAGUUGUAGAGCUAGAGGAGGAGAUUAGGCAUGUCAAAGGACAGCGUGAUUAUUGGAGUGAUGCAGUCCAACCUGCUAAAAAUGGGCAUGCAGAGAUUGAUAGGCAGCGAUCUGGAGGCUGCUUCCCGGAACGUGUUAGCGACAAGGAUCUUGUGGGAAUUGAUGAAAACAGAAGCAAAUUGACCGAAUGGCUGACCACCAAUGAGAACGAAAGCACAGUGAUUACAGUUUCUGGUAUGGGAGGCUUGGGUAAAACAACCCUUGUGAAAAAUGUGUAUGAUCGGGAGAAAACCAACUUCCCUGAUGCGCAUGCUUGGAUUGUGGUGUCACAGGCAUAUGAUGUAGUGGAUUUACUGAAGACAUUGCUCACUAAGAUACACGACACACAAGAGUCACCUCCGCCGUCACCUCUCAGGGCGGGCGCCAAACCUGAUGUUUAUGAGUUAACAGGGGCGAUAAAGAAGAUAUUGCAAGAUAGGAAGUGCUUGAUCGUGCUUGAUGAUGUAUGGGAUAAAGAAGCAUAUUCUCAGAUGUUCACUGCAUUUCGGGAUCUCCAAGGAUGCCGUGUUAUGAUCACAACACGGAAGGAAGAUGUUGCGGCUCUUGCUCCGGUGAGGCACCGCCUACUAUUGCAGCCAUUGGGUAGCGUUGAAUCUUUCAAGCUAUUCUGCUCUAGGGCUUUCCACAACAGCCUGGACCACAAUUGCCCUCCAGAGCUUCAUGCGGUAGCUACUGCUAUAGUUGAGCGGUGUCGUGGCCUACCAUUGGCCAUUGUGUCGUCUGGCAGCCUAUUAUCGAGGAAGCAACCGGCAGAGCAUGCCUGGAAUGAUGUGUACAACCAUCUCCGAAGCGAGCUGCGGGGGGAUAACCAUGUCCAAGCUAUACUUAAUCUAAGCUACCAUGACUUGCCUGGUGAUCUCAGGAACUGCUUCCUAUACUGUAGCUUGUUCCGUGAAGACUAUGCAAUGUCACGGGAGAACCUUGUGCGGUUGUGGGUUGCUGAAGGAUUUGCAAAGAAGAAAGAUAACAGCACACCGGAGGAAGUGGCUGAGUGGAAUCUCAUGGAACUCAUUGGCCGGAAUAUGUUGGAAGUUCUGGAGAGAGAUGAGCUCUUUGGGGUUAGUACAUGUAAGAUGCAUGACCUUGUUCGUGACCUGUCUCCUGCUGUUGCUAAAGAGGAGAGGUUUGGCUCCGCGAGUGAUCAGAGCGAAGUGAAGGACAUGGAUAAAGAAGUUCGCCAAUUCUCAACAUGUGGUUGGAGAGAUAAUAUGGCAGCUGCUCCAGAAGUGGAAUUUCCACGACUCAGGACCGUGAUAUCACUCUCAGCGGCUUUGUCCUCUACCAACAUGAUUUCCUCAGUUUUGUCUGGAUCCAACUACCUUACAGUUCUCGAGCUUCAAGACUCUGCAAUAGUCCAAGUGCCAGAAUCCAUCGGGAAUAUGUUCAAUCUUCGCUACAUUGGCUUAAGGCGCACCAAAGUUCAGUCACUGCCAGAUACUAUUGAAAAACUCUCAAACCUUGAGACGUUGGAUGUCAAGCAAACAAGAAUAGAAAAGCUACCACCAGGUAUUGUAAAGGUUGAGAGGCUACGACACCUUUUAGCUGACAAGUUUGCUGACGAGAAGCAGGUGGAGUUCCGGUACUUUAUCGGAGUGGAAGCGCCGAAAAAGCUUUCCAACUUUAAAGAAUUGCAAACUCUUGAGACCGUCCAUGCCAGCAAGGACUUGCCACUACAACUGAAAGAAAUGAAAGAGCUGCGGACUGUUUGGAUUGAUAACAUCAAUGGAUCUAAUUGUGAUGACCUUUUCAAGACCCUCUCAGAUAGGCCCCAACUUUCCAGCUUACUUCUCUCUGCAUGUGAUGUCAAGGAGACGAUUUCUUUCCAAGCACUCAAGCCAGUGUCCAAAAAUUUCCACAGACUAAUCAUUAGAGGUGGCUGGGCCGAUGGGACACUCAAUUGUCCAAUAUUUCAGGGUCAUGGGAAGAAUCUCAAGUAUCUCGCGCUAAGUUGGUGCGAUCUUGGGAGUGAAGACCCCCUGGAGUUACUUGCAACUCAUCUGCCAGCUCUCACUUACCUCACUCUAAACAAGGUGAGAUGUGCAGGUGCGUUGGUUCUUUCUGCAGGGUGCUUCCCUCAGCUUAAGACACUCGUCUUGAAGAACAUGCUUGAUGUCAAGAAACUGGACAUUUUAGAGGGCGCCAUUCCAUACAUUGAUGGGAUCUACAUCAUGUCACUCUCGGAGCUGAGUACGGUCCCUUGUGGCAUCGAAUCCCUUGGAUCUCUCAAGAAGCUCUGGAUGCUGUACCUGCACAAGGGCUUCAAGGAUGACUGGGAUCAGAAGGAGAUGCACAACAGGAUGAAGCAUGUUCUAGAGCUCCGUGCCUAG